CACCAAUUUAUAUCAAAUAUAAUAGGAAUCUCAUAGGCUUCUCUCUCUUUCUCUCUCCCUCUCUGCUCACCAUGAACCUCUUCUGACGAGCUUCUCAGAUCUACCAUACGCAUACCCAAAUAUCUGUAAGUUUAUCUACUCUAUUUGUAUGUGUCGGUAAUUUUCCUUAAUGGGUGAAGAGGUUUUUCCAUGGUUGAAGUCUCUACCUUUAGCACCAGAGUACCACCCAACCCUAGCUGAGUUUCAAGAUCCAAUUUCAUAUAUUUUCAAGAUCGAAGAAGAAGCUUCCAAGUAUGGAAUCUGUAAAAUCAUCCCACCUGUCUCUGCUUCACCCAAGAAAACUGUAAUUGCUAACCUGAAUCGCUCUCUGUCCGCCCGAAACCCUGAUUCAUCACCUACAUUCACUACCAGGCAGCAACAGGUCGGUUUUUGCCCUCGUAAGCACCAUCGACCGGUUCAGAAACCUGUUUGGCAGAGCGGCGAGAUAUACACCGUGCCCCAAUUUGAAGUGAAAGCCAAAAGCUUUGAAAAGAGUUACCUUAAAAGAGGAUCAAAUUCGAAGAAGGGUUUAACGGCGUUGGAAGUCGAGACACUUUACUGGAAGGCUCAUGUGGAUAAACCAUUUUCAGUUGAGUAUGCAAAUGACAUGCCCGGCUCGGCAUUUGAUCAAACGGGCGGUGGACAUGGGAAGAAACACGGGAAAAAGGAGAUUGGGGACGCCUUGACGGUGGGGGAGACCGAGUGGAAUAUGAGAGGGGUUUCAAGGUCAAAAGGGUCUUUGUUGAAGUUUAUGAAGGAGGAAAUACCUGGUGUCACUUCGCCCAUGGUUUACAUUUCCAUGCUGUUUAGCUGGUUUGCUUGGCAUGUUGAAGAUCAUGACUUCCAUAGCUUGAAUUAUAUGCAUUUGGGUGCUUCGAAAACCUGGUAUGGCGUACCCAGGGAUGCUGCGGUUGCAUUUGAAGAUGUUAUCAGGGAACAUGCCUAUGGAGGCGAGAUCAAUCCCAUUGUGACUUUUGCUACUCUUGGCGAGAAGACCACAAUUAUAUCUCCAGAAGUAUUACUUAGGGCUGGUGUUCCUUGCUGCAGGUUAGUGCAAAAUGCUGGAGAAUUUGUUGUCACUUUCCCUAGGGCUUAUCACUCAGGGUUCAGUCAUGGAUUUAAUUGUGGGGAAGCUGCUAAUAUUGCGACACCUGGCUGGUUGAAAGUUGCACGAGAUGCUGCAAUUCGUAGGGCUUCAAUUAACUGUGCUCCAAUGGUGUCUCACUCUCAGUUGCUUUAUGAUCUUGCAAUAUCAUUCUCUUCAAGUGUGCCAACAAGCAUCAAACCCGAGCCUCGAAGCUCCCGAUUAAAAGACAAGUUAAAAGUUGAAGGAGAAGCUUCAGUAAAAAGACUAUUUUUAGAAGACAUGAUGCAAAACAACAACCUUCUUCAUAAUCUUGGUAAAGGCUCUGCUAUUGUAAUUCUUCCGGAAGAAUUCUCGGACAAACGGAAUCCCGUUAAAUCUAACGGAAGUCGAUUUGGAUUUGGUCAAAAUGAUGGAUUAAAGUUUUCUACAAACAGUUCAGAUUCAGAUGAUGCUGUUCAAGACAAAAAGCCCAUGAGGAAACUUUCUUCAUUUUGUGCUUCAUCAAGUAGUUUAUUAGCUUCUUAUAACAUGGGAAGUGGAAGACCUACAGAAGCAGCUGCAGAUUACCUCAUGUCAGCUGAUUGUAAAGGUAUUAGUGAUCUUGUUGCUGCUACUGAGUUCUUUGCUGCUAAUGAAGAUGCAAGUGUGGUGGAUCCUGAAUCCUCUUUAGGGAAAAUACCAGAAAGAGGCCAUGAUGGUUUAUUUGAUGUUCCAAUAAAAUCUAGUGACCAAAUUCAAAAUGUUGAUGAUAAUUCGGGUGCAACUUCACCUACUGAAGCACAAAAAGUGAAUUCCUCCCUUGGCCUCUUGGCUUUAGCCUAUGGCGAAUCUUCAGAUUCUGAUGAUGAUGAUGAUCAUGUCAACAAAGAUGAUGAUGAUGAUGUGAGAGGUGAUAUGAAGUAUAUAAAUGAUCAGACUUUCGAAUGUUCUAUCAAGCUUGAAAGAAACAAAAGCUUCAAGGACUCAAAUUGUUCAAAAGGUCGAUUUGAUAAUGAGAUAGAGUCACAAAAUCCUUUAUCUGAUACACACGAUUCUGGGAAACAAACUGAAAACACAAAAACAUCAUGUGAUGAAGAUUCUUCUAGAAUGCACAUAUUUUGCCUUCAACAUGCUCUGGAAGUAGAACAACGCCUCCGCUCUGUUGGUGGUAUUCGCGUUCUACUCCUUUGUCACCAAGAUUAUCCCUCUUUAGAUUCGGAAGCAAAGUUAGUUGCAACAGAAUGUGGGACCCAUGACAGGUGGACAGAUCUUGGAUUUAGAGAAAGUAACAAAGAAGACAAAGAAUGGAUACAAUCGGCUCUCGAUAGUUCAGAAGCCACACACGGAAACCGAGACUGGGCUGUAAAAUUAGGAAUCAAUCUUUUUUACAGUGCUAGUCUUUCCCGUUCGCCUCUUUACAGCAAACAAAUGCCUUACAAUUUAGUUAUUUACAGCGCAUUUGGACAUUUCACUUCCAGUAGCCCAACAAAAGCGAAACCUUCCGGAAGGCAGAAAAAAAUUGUGGUGGCGGGAAAAUGGUGUGGCAAAGUAUGGAUGUCGAAUCAAGCUCACCCGUUGUUAACAGAACGGGACCCAGAAGAAGACGAGAUUGGUGGGCCUGGUUCGGUUUUAUCGAAUAUAAAAAUCGAUAAACGACCCGAAAUCACCGUAUUUAGAAAAAGUGUGAGAAAGAGGAAGAAGAGUUGUAUGGUGGAAAGUAGUGUAAAAAGUAAGUUUGCGAAAGUCGAGGCGGCAGCGGUGGCGGCAAGCGGUGGUUUCCGGCGACAGCCGAGAACGAACCUAAGAAAGAAAACAACAGCCACCGCCCUUUUGUCUAGAACAAUCACACCACCGUUCACCAUGGAUUCCGGCGAAGAAUCCGGUGGUGGUGGUGGGUCGAGUAGGCGGUUAAGAAAACGGAUUAUAAAACCACCGCCGUCUCCCGAGAUUAAGAAAAUGAGUGGGACGAAAAAGGUGAAAAAGGGUUUGGGUUCGGGUCCCACGAUGGAAGCACUAGUGAGAGAUGAAGAUGAAGAUGGUGAAUUUGCUUGUGAUAUGGAAGGGUGUAAUAUGAGUUUUGAUAGUAAACAAGAACUUAUUGUUCAUAAAAGGAACGUGUGUCCGGUGAAAGGAUGUGGUAAAAAAUUCUUUUCACAUAAGUAUUUGGUGCAACAUAGGCGUGUACACAUGGAUGAUCGUCCUCUUCAAUGUCCAUGGAAAGGUUGCAAAAUGACAUUCAAAUGGGCGUGGGCUCGAACCGAACAUAUACGGGUCCACACCGGGGCAAGACCGUAUGUGUGCACCGAGGACGGGUGCGGUCAGACGUUUCGGUUUGUAUCGGAUUUUAGCCGGCAUAAAAGGAAGACUGGCCAUUCGGUGAAGAAGUGAAGUGAGGUAAAAAAAAUGUAAUGUUAACAUGUGAGAGGUUAAAAUUAAGAUAUGUUGUUUUUCUAAUUAUUAACAAAGUGGUUGUAGGAUUUUUAGGUUUUUUUUUUAGGAAGG